CAUAUCACUUCCGUCGAAUCUUGUGAUGUGUCGAAAAAAUGUUGUUAUUCAUGUUGGAGUGAUAUUUACGCCUUGACUCACUUGUCAAAUCAUGACAUUACAGUGUUCAGUCAACAUGACAUCAAAAAUUAUUUACAUUUCCCUCAUUAUUGUAAUUUUGACAGUUAUUCCUUGUGACAGUGCGGAUAAAGCCACGGGUGAAAGCACUGCAUCUCCCAAAAGCAGUACAUCGACAUUAAGCACGACUACACCGAAACCAGGUGCCAAUGAAACAGCAAAGAAUGGAACAGAAAAUGUGGGAGAUGGUAGCUUUUUUAACUUUAAAGAAAACAAAGGGAUGUUGAUGAGGGCAUUUUAUGUGUUGAUAGGCCUCACUGCCAUUGUGGUGGUAUACUUCGGAAUUAGAGCCUGGAGAGUGAGAAGAAAGAGGAACAAGUCAAAGAAGUAUGGAUUGAUUACGGACGUGGGACAGAUUGAGAUGGCGCCACUCGACGCAGAUGACGACGACGAUGAUGAAGAUACUACUGUGUUGAAAUGA